GCUGUCCCACACGCCAUUUUAUUACAUAUGUGUGUGUGAGAGAUUGAGUUGGAGUUACCGGAAGCAGUUCUCAAAGACAUUGUUCUUUACGUGUUUCGUAGGUGGCUUCGUGUGUGCGAAAGGACUUUGUGUUACAUUAGCUGUGAUUGCAACAUCAAAUCCCAAUUUUAAGCCAAAGGUUACGCUUCAUCUUCCUGCGAGAAGCACAACCACGUGUGCUACUGGUGGUUUUGAUUGUAGAGUGAUAGUUUACUGUGAAAUCGAAAGGACCUAAUUCCUCCGUCCAUUUUUCCUGUUCGAGCCAACAACUGAAUGGUGCUAGUGCAACCGAACAGAGUCAGUGCGAAAAUCUUCCACUAUUCAGGCUCGCUGAGCCUAGCGGACAUUUUAUUUGACUUUUGUGAAGAUUGCAACAAAAUGGCCUGCCUGCCACAGUCAGCCUUUGCGGUGCACAAGAUUCGCCAAGCGCAGAACGAGAAGGAUCUCACGAUCGCUCGUCUGACCGGCGACAAGCAAGGUCCGAGAUAUUUAAACAAAAAUACUCUCGAUCUAACUCCGGUGAAGUACAAUGGAAAGCUGAUGAACAGCAUCUGGGGACUGUACAAUCGCUAUUCGCCGCAUAACUUCAAGAAAAAUAAUGGUUCUGACGUCGGUUUCUUUGGCAUGCAACAGCCAUUCGCUGUUGCAUGCUCUCCGAUUGAGAAACCAUCGGUAGCUAACCCGGCCGAUCAGAAAUAAGACGGGCAGUUGGAGUCGUUAUGCCGCUUAGGAUUGCUAUUUGGCAAAUCAAAUCAAAAUCAGCUGU